AUGGCCCGUGCGAUUGUGAUAGACAGUGACGAUAGUCACGACGAAUCUGAGGACUCCGAAGCUCGCAAUAAUAAUGUCUUCUUCGACGAGGAGGCACUGGAGUCCGCAGAAUCUACAGAGGAUGGAUCUGGUUCUGAUGAGGAGGAAUCUGAUGAGGCAGUCGACCCCUUUCCAUUUACCCGUCUACCGCCAGAGCUUCGUUUACGCGUUUGGGCCCUGUUUUGCCCAGAACUUCUAGGCACCGCGCGUGUUCUGGACUUUAAUAUUCAGGACAGCGUCUCGCCUACUAGGACAUCGCCUUGUAAGGUGAUAGGCCCUGGGUUGUGCCUCGAGGACCAGACUCGCGCGCUACGCUGCGUUUUGGCUACUAAUCAGCAAUCGCGAGCCUUUGCCAAGGAAAAGUUCCCUGACGAGCUGCGCCUGGAGUCAGAUGACGGCGAUGAACUCACGCUAUGCGUGAAUUUAAAGACCGAUAUCGCCAUGCUGGACCAGGCUCCGGACUUUUCCUAUCAAGAUGCUGCUACCCCCGCCAAAGUCAACUUUGAUGGCUUCUCAGAGUCUCUCAUCAACUUGGCCUUGCCACUCCACGACUACAGUCUUUACGAGAGGGAGACAGAUGUAUCUUCCUGGUUGUGCAAAUUCGGAUCUCUUCAGCGUCUCUUUUUAUAUACGGAAGACGAUACUCUCGGCGGUCGCCGAUUAAAGGACGACGCUCUGCGUUGGUGUGCCGCACCCGAAGCUCACCAGUAUUACAUGGAGACUUUUGAGAAAGAGCCGGGUUAUGGCGAAAAUUAUACUUGUGUUGUCUGUUUUCCUGAUCCUGUCCGAUGUCCUCUCUUUACAAGACUUUACGUGCCCAAAUGGCACACAAAGUUUCUGUUCCCAUCACAAGAAAAUGCCUUUGAAGAGGCUGGAGUAAGCCUCUUUCCGAUGGUGCAUUUCAAUACAGAACAGGCUCUCGAGCGGUACGCAAACUUUGUCACUAUAGUCCAUCUGCCGCUUAAAGUAUACGGCGCAGAUGAAGAGGGCUCGAAUGCCGACAGCUACGAGGAAGAAAGUGACGAAGACGAAGAGUACCAGCUCAACAAUUUGCCUAAUGCUUACGAAAGCGACGGCAUCGAUGACGAUGAACCGGAGAUUUUUUACGAUUCUGAUGAUGUGCAUUUCGAUGAUGCAGACAGCGAUGAUGCAAACAGCGAUGAUUCAGGCAGGGGUGAUGCGCCGCGAAACCCAUUUUCAAGCCCAGAACUGUCGGAAGCCGAAGAAAACCCACCAGUACGAGGCCACAAGCGCCAUGUUAUAAUUGACUCGGAUGAUGAAGAUGAACAAGAGCCUAGCAAUAAACCUGCGAAGCGAAAGCGUCUUCACGUCGUUGAAGAUUCAGACGCAGAGCAAAGCGUGGCCGAGGCAGAGCCGCAAGUUAUCUCUUCAGAUUCAGGCGAAGGCCCUACAAAGCGUCGUAGAGUGGAAAUAAUUGACAGUGACGACGAAAGCGACGUGGAAGGACAUGAUGACCAGCCGCAGCGUAUUAGUCUCGAAGUUCGCCUCCAAUUUAGCAGCCGAAAUCGACGCGGUCCAUCUGAUGAAGAAGUUGGCGCAGACGACGAUGAGGAGGACGAUGAAGAAGACGAAGACGACGACGAUGAUGAGGACGACGGCGAAGACGGCUUAAUUGAUACCAUGGCGGUUGAAUCUGGCGAAGACGAUGAUGAGGACGACGGCGAAGACGGCGUAAUUGAUACCAUGGCGGUUGAAUCUGGCGAAGACGAUGGGGAAGAGGACGAAGAGGACAAAGAGGACGAAGAGGACAAAGAGGACGAAGAGGACGGAUAG